CUUGUCGUCUGAAUGUCUUCCUCUGGGGACCAUCCCCCGUCGGAACUGUCAGUAGAGCCUCGGAGUACGAGGACGAUUGAUGUGGGUGAUGAUUAUGCGGAGCAAAUACGUGGGAACAGGCAACCGGGUGCAUCGCUGAGAUCGACCACAUCAUCAUCUUCGCAAUCAACGGCAUCAUCAGCAACAUCUUCACGAGCCGAAUUGGACGAGGCAGAGGGGCAUGUCUUCGGUUGGGUACCAGAGCCGCGAAUGUUCGAAGACCAGCGAAUUAAUGCUUGCGGUAUCAAAGAGGGGCCCUGGUCGUUCGAGGAAGAGUAUGACUUGGAGAGAGCUCAUCGUCGGUAUGGCAAGAACUGGACCAAAGUAAUCCGGUCCCAUCGAUACAGGAAAUACGCCUUCGCUGGUCGAUCGUAUUCGUCUAUCGUCUGCAAGUGUGAUCGAAUGCGACUACAGUUGAAGAUGAGCGAAUCACGUGAAAGGCAUCGUGCCCACAGGAGCAAGACGAGCUCCCGAAUAUGUAUAUAAUACGUAAGCUUUACUAUAAUGUAUACGGCAUAUCAGCCAGACCGAUCUGAUUGACUCGUUUACAACGCGUUACAGGUUUCAAUGAACUGAGGCUCUCCAGUUUCUCUGACCAGAGGACUCAGGCCCAGUGGUAGUCCUCAACGUUGUACCUCCAUGUUGAGUAGUUCAGUGCUUUACGCCCUCCCUCCCCCCAACACGGAGUCCUCGCGUAUAGUGGGAAUUUCGUCAUUGUAUUUAACCGUAAAUUCCAUGGAAUG